AUGGGCGGGGCAAGUCGGAAGCGCAAGAGGGGUGACUACACAGGCUCCCGAGUGAACAAACACUCCUCGAAGCGGAUCGUGACCCUCUUCGGAGAGAGGGAACCUGUCGUGGAGUAUCCGAGUAAGAGAAGUGGAGAUAUAUGCAUACCUCAGCCUUUGCAGCACUCUGUCGUUGCGCAUAAUGACACUUGGUCUGAUGCUGUGCUUGGGGACACUGCCACCAGCAGAAGACAAGAAUGA